AUGUCCAACGAGGGAUCCAUCUUUCACUGGGCAAGAGACCACAGGGUUCAUCACAAAUUCAGUGAAACACAUGCCGAUCCGCAUAACGCCACUCGAGGAUUCUUCUUUGCCCACAUGGGCUGGUUGUUCGUCAAGAAACAUCCAGAUGUCGUAAAGGCAGGACGAGAAAUCGAUCUCUCCGAUCUCUUUGAAGAUCCCGUUGUCAUGUUCCAGAAAAAAUGGGAUCCCUACCUAUCCAUGUACUUGUGCUUCAUUUGGCCUGCUCAAGUCGCUCAUUACGGUUGGGGAGAAAACUUUUGGAAUGCACUCUUUGUCGCGGGAUUCCUGCGAUAUGUACUCGUGCUCCACAACACAUGGCUUGUCAAUUCCGCUGCUCAUCUCUAUGGAGAUCAUCCCUACGAUACCGCCUCUUAUCCCGCUGAAAAUUCCAUUGUGGCUUUCUUCAGUGGAGGUGAAGGAUGGCACAAUUGGCACCACAAGUAUCCAUACGACUACGCCGCUUCCGAGUUUGGAGGAUUUGCUCAAUACAAUCCUGGAAAAAUCAUUAUUGAUACUCUCGCCUUUGUCGGAUUGGCAUACAACCGAAAACGAGCCACUGCGGCAUGGGAAUACGGAAGGGCACGACGUGACAAGGACAGGGCGGCAGGGAUCCCCUUGCCUACUGUGGAACGAAGACCAUGGCAACAAAAGUCAAAGGAUCUGUAA